GAGGGCUUUACCACGGCUGCCAUGGGUCUCUCGAGAGAUGGGGUCACCAUGAAGAACGAAGGAAGGCUGUAUCCUAUGCCUUACAACGAGCCACGACUAGAGAUCACUGCGGAGCAUUCCAUUCCAGCGCCGCUGGUCAUCCUGGACACCGACUUCUACAACUACGCCUGCCUCUACUCCUGCAUGGAAAUGGGUGGCAGGUACAUAACCGACAUGGGCUUCGUCUAUUCUCGCAAGCCGCAACUGCACCAGGCCUACCAGGGGAUUUGCGACGAGGCCUUCAGGAAGGCUGGUGUGGACCUCAAGCGGUUCGUCAAGACCUACCAAGGAGACACCUGCACAUAUCCAGAGCGAAGAGUUGAUGGACGGCUGUCGUGGGCUUAAAAUGGAAGCGGACAUGGCGCUCUCCGAUUUCCAUGGGUUUAUUUGUCCAUCUACCAGCAAGAUUCUGUGAAAAUGAACAAACGAAUGUUUCAGGAGAUUAACUGGGUAUGAAUUCGAGUCUGAAUCUAGAUCCAGUAAAUCUUUUUGAUGACUUCGUUCAUUGUUAUUGUCACGGAUGUGCGUUUAAUAGAAAACGGGAGUUUCCCGUUGCUGGUAAAAGAAGGCAAUUGAUGCAGAAUAAUGACGAGGGAUUGCCACCUCCUUGUAAUGCUCUUUUUAUUAUUGUAAUAUUUAGCUUCUAAU